AUAAUAUGAAACUUGGGAGGUAGCUAAAAGCAAAAAAUGAAUCGGCUAAUAAUUCUUCUUUUUUUUGCAACGCUAUUGUCGGCUGUCUUUACAAAGAAUGCUGAGGAUAAUAAAAAAAAGCUGGAAGAAAGCAAAACGAUGGUGAAGAAUCUGGAAAAUAACGAUAAAGAGACAAAAACAGCAAAUGAAUUAAACAAAGCCGGUGUGAUAAAUGCAAAGCCGGAAACAAUAAAUUUGUUGAAAAUGAAGAAAACUGACCUGACAAAGGGAUUCGACAAUUUUGAUGCUAGGGAUGGUGCAAACAUUGCAAAUGCUGUUGCUACUGGAGUAACUAAAGGUUUACCAGAUCUGGUCAAAGGUAUAAAAUCAAAGAAUUGGUACUACAUUACUGUAGGUGCAUUGAAUCUCCUAACUGCACUCACUGUAGUUAUUGGUGGUCCAUAUGGAGCAAUGGUUGGUUCUGUUUUAUCUAUAAUAACAGUUGUGUUGCAGAUAUUUGGUGCACCUACUACAGAAUCACAAGAAGAUAUGUUCACAAGGGUCCUCACUGAUAUGCAAGUUGACGAAUUGAAAACUGAAGUUGCUGGAGUGAAAAUGUAUUUUGAAACUCUUCAAGUAGUGGUGACAAAAUUUCGACAACGUCUCGUAAAAAUUGAUAAAGAAGAAGCUACAGCCUUGUUCACACUAUCUUUUAGUCAUGUUGCUAUUUUUGGUAAACUCCAGGAAAAGAUAGAAAAAUUUUGCUUUGUGGGUCCGUUUGUUGAUGCAGAUAAAACCAAAAAAGAUUUGGAUGUUAAGCGCUGUCUAGGAUUGGUAAAGGGCUAUCUAAAACUUUCAAUAUUAAAGCAACUGCUGUUAGCUGAGAUGGCUGGACUAUGCCAGGAAGCAACAGGGUGCUACUACGACUACAAAAAAUUGAGCGGUUUAACUGACAAUUUUUUCGAAUUGAUCAAGGAAGCCCAAGUACUAGAUGAGAAGGUACUCGGUUUCUUGGCAGAUCCAAUGGGAAGUGUGUCUGCUAGAUACACGAUCUACAAGUUGUACUCAGUACCCGAAGAUAACAUGGAAAUUAUCGAGUAUUUGAGGAGAAUGGAUAUCAAUGCUGACGCUGACAAUGAGGCAAAGAAAAUGGAUAAAAUGUUUAACCAAGAUGGUGUAGUAAUCUGCUCAAAACAAUAUCUCCAAGGACUUUGUCAACUUGUUGAUAAGAAAGAAGGCACACAAACCCUCUCAAAUUGGAAAGACACAAUGUCAAUGUUUAUUCCGCCAGGAUUAGCUGUAAAGGGGACUGUCGAUAAAACAGAGAUUGGACCAUUCCAAGGACUGGCAGUGUAUUCCUCCGCCAAGGAACUUGUGAAACUGAACACACUUGAAAUAUACGAAUCGGAAAUGGACUUAGCCACAACUGUUCGCAUAUGCACAGGUAACGCUUGGUGUGAUAUGAUUGAAGCAAAAGACACGCAACAAGGACUCGAUAAAGAAAGUUUUCAUGGCAUAAAAAUGACAAAGCUUGAAUCUAUAAGCGUUCCUUCUGGAAUGCAAGUUACUCUUAUAAAUGAAGGAAAAUCUAAGGUGGCUGGUCCAUUCUAUGGUGAUAUAACGUUGAAAGAUAUCUCUGCUCAUAAAUGGAAACAGAUUAUUGCAACCACCUCUCCUGAUCAAAACGCAGCUGACAUGGUUACUGUUUGCGAACAAGAAGAAUUCCAAGGUUAUUGUCAACAACUUGGCGAUAAGUUCUUAUCUGAAACCCCUGUAAAGUUUGUCGAGUUAAAGGAUGAUAAAGGUGUUAAAAAACUGACCGUAGAGAAAGUUAUGUCAAUGAAGGUACCAGCGGGAAUGGAAGUUAAGCUGUUUUCUUCAAAGAUCUCUGUUAUGUCUGGUCCCUACAAGGGACCACUAGAAAUUACAAAAUUAGGAGAUGAUAGCAUAGAUAGUGCAUCAAUGAAGAAUAUCUUGGUGGAAGAUACUAGUAAAAAUGAUGCCAAGGAAGCUAAAAACCCAGCUACACAAUCUUCUGGGAAACCUGCAGCGAAACCUGCAACGCAACCUGCAGCAAAACCUGCAACGCAACCUGCAGCAAAACCUGCAACGCAACCUGCAACGAAACCUGCAAUGAAACCAGCAGUCAAACCUGCAGCAAAAGCUCCUGCUAAAACGUCAGCAAAACCAUAUAAAAGACACAAGAUCAAACGCACACACAAAAUGGCUUGAACAUAAAACGUCCAGGUAUGUUAAACAAGAACAUUUACAGACCCGGUAUUGAUUUUGUUGACUGUAAUGAAGCACCUUGUAUUUUUAUUAAACGAGAAAAUAUAUUCGUUAAAUUU